AUGGAGGCCCUCCAGAAGAAUUCUACUUGGGAGAUGACUAUCCUUCCUAAAGGGAAGAGAACAGUGGGUUGUAGAUGGAUAUAUACAGUAAAGUUCAAGGCAGAUGGCACCAUUGAACCAUACAAAGCAAUAUUGGUGGCGAAAGGUUAUACUCAGACUUAUGGGAUUGACUAUGGGGAGACCUUUGCCCCUGCAGCCAACCUAAACUGGCCAUUACACCUGUUUGAUGUCAAAAAUGCCUUCCUGCACGGAGACCUAGAAGAAGAAGUCUAUAUGGAUUCCCCUCCAGGAUGCAAGAUGGGGCGCAAUACUAGCAACAUGGUGUGUAAACUGAGAAAGUCUCUUUAUGGAUUGAAGCAGUCACCCAGAGCAUGGUUUGGAAAGUUCAGCAAAUCAAUGAAGGAUUUUGGAUACGAGCAAAGUAACCCAGAUCAUACUCUUUUCUUGAAACAUAAGAAAGGUAGAGUCAUUGCCCUUAUUGUAUAUGUUGAUGACAUGGUAGUUACUGGGAAUGACCUAGUGGAAAAGGCAGCAUUGCAGCACCACUUGGCGAGUGAGUUUGAAAUGAAAGAUCUUGGUGCUCUGAAGUAUUUCCUAGGCAUCGAAAUGGCUCGUUCAGAACAAGGAAUAUUUCUAUCACAACGAAAAUAUAUCCUUUACAUUUUGACUGACACUAGAAUGUUAGCCAGCAAACCAGCAGAUACGCCAAUGGAGUUGAAUCAUCAGCUUGGUGAAUAUCCUGAUCAGGUACCCACCAAUAAAGAGAGAUAUCAACGCCUUGUGGGUAAGUUAAUCUAUCUAGGACACACUAGACCUGAUAUAGCAUAUGCAGUAAGUGUGGUGAGUCAGUUCAUGCAUGCACCAAGUGAAGCCCACAUGGAUGCGGUAAAUUGA